AUGGAAUCUUGUCCAUCUGGAAGAGUGUCAUUACAAAUCACGAAACUUGAAGUCCAUUCACUUAGCCCACAAAAAUCUCCAGAGACAACAACUCUAGAAGAAAAAUGUUGUCGAGUUUGCCAGGCGGCUUCCGAUGGAAGUCAUUUUGGAGUUGAGGCUUGCAGAGCUUGUGCGGCUUUCUUCAGGAGGAGCAUCGUUUUGUCAAAAGAAUACAUUUGCCGCCAACAAGGUGCUAUGUGCAAGAUUUUUAAAGGAACACGAAUGUGUCGAAAGUGCCGCUUCGAGAAGUGUGCCCGUUUGGGAAUGAUUGCUGAUCAAGUGCAAAAUCGUCCAGCGGAAAAGGAAGAUACCUACAUGCACGCAUCACCCUCAUCAUCGGAGAGCCCAAUCUACGACCCGGUCAAGCUAAGCAUCGGACAAAUCGCGCCCAUGUUGCAUGACAUGAAUGAGAAGUUUAAGCACUUUUUGGCCGUUCAAAAAUCCGUCGAGUUUACGAUGGUUGAAGGUGGACAAAUGCCGAGAGACGCCUUUGAUACGGUCAUUCAUCGAACGGAGAGACCCCUUGCCACUUUCCCAACGAUGUGCCGACUGGCGAGAGCGAUUUUGCCGUGUUUAAUUGAAUUUGUACAGUCAGUUCUACCUCCAAUCCCUACUUUAUCAACGGAUGAAAUGUGGCACAUCUAUCGAGCCUUUUCUCCGGGUCUCUGGAUUUUCGAAUCCGCCUAUUUCACCUACAAGUUCAACCUUGGUGCCAAUUUACUGAUGUUCACCCAAACUACUGUAAUCGAUAUGGAAAACACGAGACAUUUCUAUGAGAACAGCGUUGUUGAACAUAAUGUGGACACACUGGCAAAUAUGCUGAAAGAAUGUAUGCAUCGAGACAUGGACAUGGUGCGACAGUUGAGAGAAUUGGAGCCAACCGAGAUCGAAGUGAUCGGAUUGUUGGGGAUUCUGCUAUGGGAUCAAAAUGCAGCCUGCGAAAAAGAGAGCCUUGUCCAACUCGCCUCUGAGCAAAGAGACAAGAUAUUCCAAGAACUCAACUCGUAUUAUCGAUUUGUCCUCAACAUUCCCGACUAUGCGGUGAGACUGGGGAAAUUGAUGUGUUUGUACAGUUCGCUGCAGCACAAUGCCGGUCAUUUCAAAGAGGAACUCGAGCUGUUCAACAUCAUGAAUCUCUUCCAAGCCGACACUUUUAUUUAUGAUUUUAUCAAGCGA